AUGGCCGGCAUAGUACGACAAAAGAUUGACCAGACUGCCCUGGAAAACUAUCUGCGGGAAAAUGUGCCCGAGAUUGCGACCCCGAUUGAGCUGAAGCAAUUCAAGCACGGCCAAUCCAACCCGACCUACCAGAUCACCGCCGCCGACGGUCAGCGCUUCGUCCUGCGCAAGCGGCCCCCCGGCCAGCAAAUCUCCGCGCAAGCCCACCGCGUCGACCGCGAGUACCGCGUCCUCGCCGCCCUCCACGGCCACACCGACGUGCCCGUCCCCCGACCCUACGCGAUGUGCUCCGACCCCUCCGUCCUCGGCACCCCCUUCUACGUCAUGGAGUUCCUCGACGGCCGCGUCUUCGCCGACGUCGGCGUGCCCGGCGUCAGCCCGGAGGAGCGCACCGCCAUCUGGCGCGAGGCCGCCGCCGUGCUGGCCCGGCUGCACGCCGUGGACCCGCGCGACGUCGGCCUGGAGGGCUUCGGACGGCCGGACGGGUUCUACGGGCGCCAGAUCCGCUCGUUCGACGCCAUCUGCGCGGGCCAGUCCAAGGUGGUGGACGGCCGGACGGGGAGGCCGCUGGGGCCACUGCCGUACUACGAGGAGUGCGUGCGCUUCUUCCGCGACCCGAGCGUGCAGCCGCGCGACCGGUCGUGCCUGGUCCACGGCGACUAUAGAAUCGACAACCUCGUCUUUCACAAGACCGAACCCCGCGUCAUCGGCGUUCUAGACCUGUUCACCUUCUUCUACAUGGCGCGGCACCCGGGCGCCUCGCCGUACGACUUGACGAGCCUGCUGCCGGGCCGCACGCCGGGGAUGCCGCAGCCGGAGCAGGUGGUGGCGUGGUACGCGCGGUGCGGCGGGUACGACCCGACGCCGGACGUGGACUUUGGCAUCGCGUUCGGCGCGUGGAAGACGGCGGUGCUGGCGCAGGGUAUCGAGGCGCGGAUGGUGACGGGCCAGGCGGGAAGCGAGCAGGUGGCGGCGUACGCGGCGAUCAAGAACCCGAUGGCGGAGCUGGCAUGGCAGCUGACGCAGUACUGUAGUAGUGGGUGGCAGCAGGCGGCCAGGCUGUGA